AUGGAUGUACCAGGGCUCGAUUCAGAGAACAUCACCGAGCAACUCUUCGCCCACAUAUUGAGAAGAUCACUGGAUGUGGAUACUCUCAAACAGUGGGAGGUCAAGUUGGGAACGUCUAAGGAUUUUCCCAGUCUACAGGAGUUCGUAGACUUUCUUGAGGCUUAUGGAAGAGCUCUCAAUGCAGGAGCCAGUCUCAAGGAGUAUCAUGAGAGCGGUCCAGCAAAUAGGAAGCUCGUCACGAAAUUAAAAGGUGGAUACACAGCCACUCAACAGCAGGACGCCCACUCUACAGAAAAGCUUCUCCCCAAGACGAACUGCGCGUAUUGCAAGGGAAGGCAUUUCAUAGCAGCUUGUCCCUUAUUUAAGACACUCAUCCCAGUAAAAAGGAACGAGUUCGUCGUGAAUAAGGAGCUAUGCUUCAGGUGUUUGGGUCCCCAUCGAAAACCGAAAUGUAAAUCAACCAAGACGUGUCACGAGUGCAAUCGAGACCACCAUACGCUAAUCCACAACGGGAGCUCGUGGACAACGGCGCCAUCGAUGGAAGCAGGUUUCCGAGCAACGGAGAAAAAUGACGAGCAUCCAAAACCAGGCACCUCAACCAGAUUAAGUACAUCAUCAGCAUCAAAGGAGAUCAUCGACCAGAGGAUCAAUGAGGGGUCAACGGAAAUCCACGCAGUACAUCAGCCAGAAGAAGACCAACAAGCGGUAUUACUCGCCACCGCAAGACUAAGAGCACAUUCACCUAGAGGAUUCACGAUGAAAGCGAGAGCGCUAAUUGAUCAAGGAUCGGAGCUAUCCUUUAUUACUGAUCAAUUAGCACAUCAACUGCAACUCAAUAGAAGGCCAUCAUCAACAGAACUAAUAGGAAUUGGCGGACUCAACUCAGGCAUCACUCAGGGCAUAGUAAAUGUCAGUCUUCAAUCAAUUCAGGGGCAGAAGCAAAUCACAAUCAGCGCCCACGUACUGAGGAAAUUGACAACUACACUGCCAUCAUUCUCUUGUACGUUAGCAGACAUCGGCUCACUAGAGAACCUUCACCUAGCCGAUCCUCAAUAUCUCAGACCUGGACCGAUCGACAUCAUCAUAGGACCAGACUAUUAUGGGCGGAUUAUCGAGAAUCAGAUCAUCAAGUCAGGACGAACAGCAGUAGUUGGCCAACGCACCGCAUUUGGUUGGAUACUAUCAGGGCCAGUCAAAUGCACAAGUUGUUCAACAAGGAUUUCUUUAUCGGCCGUAAAGGAAUCCACCAAUGAACAACUACUAGAGCUUCUCCAGAAAUUUUGGGUCCAGGAAGAAUUGCCAAUUCAACAUCAACAUGCAGAGCUGUCAAUAGAGGAACUCGAGUGCGAGAAGCACUUUCAAGAAACCCACCGCAGAGACGAAUCCGGACGCUACAUAGUGAGACUUCCAUUGAGGACGUCAUCAGCAGCGCUCAGCAAUUCAAAAAACAAGGCCUCACGCCAGUUAAGAUCAGUCAUCAGCAGGCUCAACAAGGAUCAAGCAUAUUCCCAACUCUACAAGGAAUUCAUCAAGGAAUAUGAAGACUUAGGACACAUGAGGAGGGCGUUAGAAAUUCCAGAACCAUCAACAGCCUACUAUCUGCCGCAUCACGGAGUUUUACGAGAGAACGCCAUCACAACAAAGCUGAGAGUUCUUGGCGAAGAAAGCUCGGAGAUGAUCCCGGUGCUCCGCAGGGUCUCUGGGGAAAACCAAGAUGCCGUCGAUGUAGGCGUAAGUGAACGGUAG